AUGGAGCUCCUCCUGCUCGUCAUCAUCAUCGUCGUCCUCCUACCCGCUCUGCUCUUGUUCUAUCUCUCGAACCCUAAAUCAGAGGGGCCCCUCAAGGCCUACCCACUAAUAGGCAGCAUGCUGCAGUUUAUCAAGCACCGCCAUCGCCUCCUGGAAUGGCAGACCGAGCUCCUCGCCGCCACCCCCACCAGCACGCUGCACAUCCGGCUGUUCGGCAAGCAACAGGGUAUCAUCACCGCCAACCCGGCCAAUCUGGAGCAUGUCCUCAAGUCCAACGUCCAGAACUACCCCAAGGGGCCCUACCAGAGGUCCCUGAUGGAGGACUUCCUCGGCCGGGGGAUCACCAACGUCGAAGGCGAGCUCUGGAAGAGACAGCGGAAGGCAUUGAGCUACGAGUUCAGCACCAGGACCCUCCGUAUAUUCGUCGAGGGGAUCGUACAGCGGGAGGUUACCAGGCGGCUGCUACCCCUGCUGCGCAGAGCCGCGGCGAGCGGCGCUGCCGUAGACAUCCAGGACGUGCUGGAGCGGUACGGUUUCGAUAACGUGUGCCAGGUCGCGUUCAACGAGGACCCCGCGUGCCUUGCCACCGAGGGGGAGGAUUCCGCCGGCGGGGGGCGGCUCCCGCCGGGGUUCGCCGCCGCCUUCCGGGACGCCACCGCCAUCACCGCCUGCCGCUUCCGGUACGCCGUACCCUGGAUGUGGAAGGUCAAGAAGCUACUCAACGUCGGAUCGGAGAAGCGUCUGAGGGAGUCGAUAUCCACUCUGAAUGACUUCGCUCGGAGUGUAAUCCGUUCGAGGAAGGAGAAGCUGAGAUCGCCGGCGGCUGAGGCGGAGGGGCUCCGCCACCAGGACCUCCUGUCGCGGUUCAUCGCCGGCGAGGACAACUCCGACGAGUUCCUCCGGGACAUCGUCGUGAACCUCAUACUGGCGGGGCAGGAGACGACAUCCUCGGCAUUGACGUGGUUCUUCUGGGUCCUGUCGGAGAGGUCAGACGUGGAGAGGAAGAUCCUCGAGGAGAUCCGCUCGGUGAGGACAAGAAGCAAGGAGGGAGAAGAAGGAGAGCAGAGCUUCGGCUUCGAUGAGCUGAAGGAGAUGACUUACCUCCACGCCGCCAUUACCGAAGCCAUGAGGCUCUACCCGCCGGUGCCCUGGAACAGCAGCUACUGCCUCGCCGACGACGUCCUGCCUGACGGGACGAAGGUGGGCAAGGGCUGGUUCGUGUGGCACAACGCGUACGCCAUGGGGAGGAUGGCGGAAGUGUGGGGGGAGGACUUCGGCGAGUUCCGGCCGGAGCGGUGGCUGGGGCCCGGCGGGGAAUUCCGGGCGGAGAGCCCCUUCCGGUUCCCGGCCUUCCACGGCGGGGCCAGGAGCUGCCUGGGGAAGGAGAUGGCUUAUCUUCAGAUGAAGUCCAUGGCGGCGUGCCUGAUCGAGAGGUUCACGCUGGACGUCGUCGGCGGCGGUGGUCGGCCGGAGAUGCUGCUGUCUACCAGCCUGCGGGUGAAAGGCGGCCUGCUGGUGCGCGUCAGGGAGAGGACCACCCCCCGUUGA